UUCACAGACUUUGCUUUUUAAUUUUUUAAUUUGAGUUUUGAGUGGAGUAAAUACAAAUAAUAAGUUGCAAAUAUUUUGAGAUGUUUCAAAUUUAUAAUAAAGAGACUCUCUCCUCUGUUUAAUUUAGACCAAUUUUAGUGUGAAGGUUAAUCACAGUACAUAUUUUCAAGUAUGGAUACUGAACCUCCAAUGGUUCAUGUUAGUGAACUACAACACAAUAGUUUAUAUGAAGAAAAUGUUAACUUAGAAAAUAAAAAGAAAUUAAAAUCUAAUAUAGAGUAUAAAUGUUCAUAUGAUGGCUGCAAUAAAAGUUUUAACAAAAAAUCACUAUUAAUUCGGCAUACUCGAGCACACACUGGAGAAAAGCCGUAUAAAUGUACUUUCGAAAAUUGUAAGGGAGCUUUUGGAACAUCUUUUCUCUUAAAAAGACAUCUUCGUUCUCAUGAUCUUUCAAGUAUGGAUAUCGAACUGUUAAUGAUUUAUAUGGAUGAAGAAGACAAUAAAUCAGAUGAAGAAAAAGUCAAAUUAGAAUAUAAAUGUCCAUAUGAUGGCUGUAAUAAAAGUUUUAAUAAGCCAUCACGAUUAACUUGGCAUAUUCGGACACAUACAGGAGAAAAGCCAUAUAAAUGUACUUUCCAAAAUUGUGAUCGAGCUUAUGCAACAUCAUCUCACCUAAAAAGACAUCUUCGUUCUCACGAUGUGAUCGACUCAUAUGUUCAAUGUAAUGAUUGUAAAUUAAUGUUCAAAAGUAGAAUGAAUUUAUUAAGACAUCAUCGACGAGUUCAUGAAAAUAAAGACAGAUUAAAUUGUCAAAUAUGUGGGAUUACGUUUCGUAAAAAAAUAUUAUUUGAAGAUCAUAAACGAUCACAUAAUAAAGAAAUUUUUAAUUGCGAUAAAUGUGACAAGUCAUAUGAAUCUUUGAGAAAGUAUAGAAGACAUAAAGAAGUUCAUAGGAUAAAAUUUUAUUGUAAAAUACCCGAUUGUGGUGAAAGAUUUGCAAACAUUACACUUUAUAAAAAACACUGUGAGACACAUAAAGAUCUUAAUGAAGAACGUGAAAAAAAAUUACGAUUAAGACUUUCUGCACACAACCGUGAUAAUAAUACAAUAUUAAUACCUUGCCCUUAUGAUCAAUGUCACAGGGUUUAUUAUUAUCAAUCAAAUUUAACACAUCAUAUAAAAACUAAACAUGAAGGUGAAAAAAAAUACGAAUGUGACUUGUGUAAAAAGAAGUUUGGAAUAAAACGGUCAUUAAUUUUUCACUUAAAAACUUGUCAUCGUGACAACUUUCAAGAGCAAAAUGAAGACCCAAAAAAUGCAACAGAUAAUUCGAUUAAGUGUAAAAGGAAGAAACAAAAAACUAGAUGUGAUGCUGGUUUACCAAAAAAAAGUAUGGUUUCUAAACUAAUAGGUAUUUCAUUACCUACGAAUAUGGAAAAAGCAUUGUUAAAGCGAGAUACAGAUAAGACAUUGUUUGAUAAAAAUUUUGUAGAUUUAUAAAAUAAAAUACAAUAUAAAAAAAUUUGUUAUUG